GCAUUUGUGCUAGAGAUUCGAUUAGACUGGAAGAAUGUUUUUGUACGAUGUGAUUCUUGUAAAUUGCUUCUGCUUCAAUUAUGUUGAAGGAAGUGCAGCACAUUCUGCUUGCCAUCUUUUUUAUGAAAUGGACAGAUUUUUCUUGUUUCUUCUCCUAGUUUUUAAGAGUAAUGGAAUUCUGAGAAUACCCAAAAUGUUAUCGACUGUUAAUGUUUGUAUAGUUUCCAUUCUCUUGUAUCUUGCUUUCAAAAGGGUAUUAAGGACUGCAAGUGAAUAACACUGCACAUCUUCCUUGAACUUAAAUCACAAACAUAAAAUGUCAUUGGCAUCCACUAAUCAUCUCAAUCUGACAGCAUUAUGUAGAGAGGGCCAGUUGGAGAAGGCGCUGCACACUCUGCUUAUUACACACAAUCCCCCUGAAGACAAAUCUACGUAUCUUCAAUUAUUGCAGACCUGUAUUCUCAAGAAUGCGCUUUUACAAGGACAAAAAGUCCACUCUUUCAUUGCUCACAGGCGAUUUGUUUUUGUUAUACGCACGACUUUUCAUACUAAGCUUAUUUACAUGUAUGUCAAGUGCGGAAGUUUGGUGGGUGCCCGUAAAGUAUUUGACGGCAUGAAAGAACGAGACAUCGUCUCAUGGAAUACGAUAAUUGCAGCGUACAGAAGUCAUGGGUAUCCUCGUGAGUCAGUCACACUGUUUCACCAAAUGCAACAGACAGGUCUCCAACCCGAUCGGUUUACAUUUGCCAGUGUACUGCCAGCCUGUGCCAAAAUGGGAGCUUUGGAACAGGGUAUUGAUAUCCAUAAAAGCGUAGAGAACAGAGGAAUUUCGUCAGAUGUUUUAGUUGCAACUGCCCUGGUAGACAUGUACGCAAAAUGUGGAAGCAUAGACAAAGCAUGUGAGCUGUUUGACAGAAUGCCUCGAAGAAAUGAGAUCUCAUGGAAUGCCAUGAUUGCAGGAUAUGCACGAAAUGGAUUUGUUGAGAAGGCUUUAGAAAUAUUCAAGCAAAUGCAAUUGGCAGGUGUAAAGCCAAAUUCCGCAACAUUUGCCAGCAUCCUCCCUGCCUGUGCCAAAAUGGGAUCUUUGGAACAGGGAAUGGACAUCCAUAAAAGCAUAAAGGAUAGACGAAUUUUGUCAGAUGUUGUAGUUGCAACUGCCCUGGUAGACAUGUAUGCAAAAUGUGGAAGUAUAGACAAGGCACGUGAACUCUUUGACAAAAUACCUCAAAGAAAUGUGGUUUCAUGGAACGCCAUGAUUGCAGGAUAUGCAAGAUGUGGAAGCGUAGACAAGGCACGUGAACUGUUUGAUAGAAUGCCUCAAAGAAAUGUGAUCUCGUGGAAUGCCAUGAUUGCAGGAUACGCACAAAAGGGAUCUCUUGAAAAGGCUUCAGAAACUUUCAAGCAAAUGGAAUUGGCUGGUGUAAAGCCCAAUUCCACAACCUUUGCCAGCAUCCUCCCUGCCUGUGCCAAAAUGGGGGCUUUGGAACAGGGUAUGGACAUCCAUAAAAGCAUAAAAGAUAGACGAAUUUUGUCAGAUGUUAUAGUUGCAACUGCCCUGGUAGACAUGUAUGCAAAAUGUGGGAGCAUAUACAAGGCACGUGAAUUGUUUGACAACAUGCCUCAAAGAAAUGUGGUCUCGUGGAAUGCCAUGAUUGCAGGAUAUGCACAAAAUGGAUAUGUUGAGAAGGCUUUAGAAACUUUCAAGCAAAUGCAACUGGCUGGUGUAAACCCAGACUUGACAACCUUCGCCUGCGUUCUCCCCGCCUGUGCCAAAAUGGGAGCUUUGCAACAGGGUAUGGAAAUUCAUCAAAUCAUGAAGGAUAGAGGAAUUUUGUCAGAUAUUGUAGUUGGAAAUGCUCUGGUAGACAUGUAUGCAAAAUGUGGAAGCAUAGACAAUGCAUGCGAACUGUUUAACAGAAUGCUCCAAAAAGAUGUCGUUUCAUGGACUGCAAUGAUUGCAGGAUAUGCACAAAAUGGAUUUAUUGGAAAGGCUUUAGAAACUUUCAAGCAAAUGCAAUUGGCAGGUGUAAAGCCAAAUUCCACAACUUUUGCUUGUGUUCUAUGCGCAUGCAGCCAUUCAGGUUUAGUGGAUGAGGGCUGUAAAUACUUCAAUCAUAUGACUAACCCUUAUCGCAUUACGCCUACAAUUGAUCAUUACGUGUGCAUGGUUGACCUUCUUGCCCGUGCUGGUUAUCUUGAGGACACCCUAAACUUUAUCAUUAAGAUGCCAGUGAAACCUGUGGUGGUUGUGUGGAUGUGUUUUCUUGGUGCUUGUAGAUCACAUAUGAAUCUAGGCCUAGGAGUAUUUACAGCGAUGCUGCUUUUUGAUUUGGAUCCUAGAAACCCUACAACUUAUGUUCUUCUCUCAAACAUUUAUGCAGAAGUGGGCAGAAGAAGUGAGGUUCAAAUGGUAAGGAGAUUGAUGAAAGAUAGUGGAAUUAAAAAGAUCCCUGGAUGUAGCUGGAUUGAAUGCCAAAAUAUGGUACAUGCUUUUUGUGUAGGAGACAGAUCGCAUCCACAGACUCUGGAGAUCUAUGCAAAAUUGGAGGAAUUGGCUUGGGAGAUGAAGGCGGCAGGUUAUUUUUCAGAUGCAAAACAUUUACUUAAUGAUGUGGAAGAAGAGGAAAAAGAAUUAUUUCUCUGUCACCAUAGUGAAAAGUUGGCAAUUGCAUUUGGUUUGUUAGAAACACCCUCUGGGACAACUAUUAGAGUUGUUAAGAAUCUUCGGGUAUGUACUGAUUGCCACACUGCAACAAAAUUUAUCUCCAAAAUUGUUGGAAGGGAAAUUGUUGUGAGAGAUGUGAACCGUUUCCAUCAUUUUAAACUGGGAGAAUGUUCUUGUGGAGAUUAUUGGUGAUGCUAAAUGAAACAAUAUGGAAAAUAGACUUGCACUUCAUCUUAGAUCUGCAGUAAUAAAGAAUGGACAAUAUUUUAUUUUCA